AUGUCUUUGAAGAAUAGGUAUUUAGAGCUGGAAUCAAAACUAAUAAAUAAACUACAGGAGCUACCAUAUGUUCAUCAAUUCAUUCACGAUCGAAUAAGUGGUAGAAUUACUCUUUUUUUAAUAGUGGUCGGUACUCUUGCAUUUUUCAAUGAGCUGUACAUAACCAUUGAAAUGAGCCUUUUACAAAAAAACACAUCUGAAGAACUAGAGCGGGGAAGGAUCGAUGAAAGCUUGAAGCUUCAUAGGAUGCUAGUGAGUGAUGAAUACCACGGCAAAGAAUAUAAAGACGAAAAAAGCGGGAUUGUCAUCGAGGAGUUCGAAGAUCGCGAUAAAUUUUUUGCAAAGCCUGUAUUUGUGUCAGAGCUAGAUGUUAAUUGCAAUGUUAUUGUAGAUGGCAAGGAAAUUUUAUCUUCCCCGUUAAAAUUCCAUGUGGAAUUCUCACCGGAAGAUUACGAAAACGAAAAAAGACCGGAAUUUGGCACUACCUUGCGUGUAUUGAGAGUGAGACUAUAUCAUUAUUUCAAAGACUGCGAAAUAUAUCGUGAUGUAAUAAGAAAUAAGGGUGGCGAUGAAGCAAGAAAGUUCACAAUUUCGAAUGGCGUCAAAAUUUAUAACCAUAAAGAUGAACUACUGCCAUUGAAUAUUGAUGAUGUCCAAUUGUGUUUCUUGAAGAUUGAUACAGGUAACACAAUAAAAUGUGAAUUUAUACUAUGA